CAAUCGACGUUCCAUUCAAGAUCCUUUUACAAGCCGCCACUGUUGUCUGUGUAUUACAGCACUUAUGAUUUGCUUUUCGACGUGAUAACCGCAUCCAGAAAGGCUGCCUUCGUCCUACGCAGGUCCUCUUGAGGCGGGACAGCUACGAAGCACCAGCGCUUACAAGGUACCAUGCAUGACAUGACAGGUGCAUGAGACCCGUCCUACUUUGACACCUGAUCGCAUUUUUUCCCUUGAGAGAGCCCUCCAGAUGAAUGCUUGGGUAUAUCAUGGCAGUCUCCUAGGAGCACCCGGAGUGCCGACACACUCGCGGUCCAUAUCUCUUGGUCCUGCACUCAAUUCUACGCCGCGCGAUAAAGUCUCCAAGGCGAAGUCAACCUCGAGCCUUCGCACAAUGGCUACCGUCGAACAGUCACCUCCCGAAAACCCUCAUGGAACUUCUCCCGAGACCUCGUUCAGGACUCUUGCAGACCCAAGGACUGCAAGCACAACCGAUCUGUCGAGAUCGGACUCUGCUUCCUCCAAACAUCCCGAUCUCAACAGCGAAGUCGCCGCCUUGAGUGACAAGUUGAUAAGUGCCAUCAACCACCAAACCACUCUGGACGAUACUCUAGCGCAGACAAGACAAGAACUAGAAGCGUCGAGGGAGAGAAUUUCCAAACUCGAAGCAGAAGCAAGAGCAUACGAAGAGAAACUUGCGCGCGGAGAAUUGGUGCCGAGGGAGACAGUGGAUGAGCGGAACAAUAAACUUUUUGCUGAGUUGGCAGAGGAGAAGAAACAAAAAGCAAUCAUUCAACAGGAAAAGCGAGGGAUUGAAUCAGAAUUGGAGACCCUGACGGCAUCGCUUUUCGAUGAAGCCAACAAAAUGGUCGCCUCCGCGAACAGAGACAGGGAAGUCGUUGAGAAGAAGAACCAGCAACUUCGAGAUCAGAUCAAGGAUGGGGAGGCGGUCAUUGCAUCCCAGACCGAGCAACUAACAGAGCUCAAAACACUGAUGCAACAAAUUGGGCCCAGUCCAGAUUAUCGAAGAGAAUUAGAAUCACCGAGAGUCUCGUUGGCACCUUCAAGUCCUGGAGGAGCAAAGGAAGACGGCAGUCUCGCGCGUCUGCUCGAGGCAAUGAAUCUCUCACCAGUCAGCGCAGAGGGAGAAGUGCUGCCCAGUCCAUCAACUACGCUGACACACCUGCUCAAGCCGCUGUGUCGAACAGACAUCCCGGCAUACGAAGACUUCAAAAACCUCGUUCAGACGGCUCAUUAUCGAUCUCAUAAUCCUUCUCAUGCCCCUUCUCGGGCAGGUUCUGGCUCUUAUGGCGGUCUUAAUGUCAUGGGUCUUGGUUCUCUAAGCAAUAAUUCGAACCCUAAUCUCUCUCAACUUUCCCAGCCGGCAACUUCGAAACUCGCAAAUUCUCCAAACAUCCCUGGAUCAUUUAGUCCGAACCCAGAAGGGAAAGGGCCGAUGGCGUUAAAGGACACGAAGUUUUACAAGCGUAUAUUGGUCGAGGAUAUAGAGCCUACUCUGCGCCUUGACCUUUCACCCACGUUAUCAUGGUUGAACAGACGGAGUAUAAUCUCAGCACUUGGCGAAUCGACGUUGAUCGUUGAGCCUAUACCAGAGUCCUCCCUUCGGCUGUACGGGCGAUACACACCGUGCGCCAUAUGCGGAGAGAGUCGAAAGGAAAGUCAGAACCCUCGAACCCAUGCGAUGCGGGUACGUGAAGGCGAGGGUGCGACGAAGUGGUCUAUUUGCACGCUUUGCCUGGAAAAGGUUCGUGGCGUUGGCGACCUCGUGGCGUAUCUGCGCAUGGUGCGUGAAGGUGUAGUCAAAGUGGGUGAUAAGAAGGACGAGGAAGAUGCAUGGGAAGAGCUGGUGAGAAUGAGAGAGCGACUCUUCUGGGCUCGAAUGGCCGGUGGUGUUGUUCCUGCAUUUAUACCCACGCCGAAACAGACGCCUAUCGAUGAUGGUAAAAUGUCAGAAGCCAUGGGUGACAAAAGCGAGAGAAUGAGUGAGGAGAGUGACAAACAAGCAAAUGGUAGCACUCCACCUCAACAAACGGCCACCGAUCACGAAGGCAGUCCUCAGACAACUUCCGAUAAGGAGAACGCUGCCGCGACUUCAGACUCGGAAUCCGAUAAGGUCGCGAGACAGCUCCAAGAUGGGCUGGAUGGCAGUUUGACAACAUUCGAUAAUAUCAAAGAUAAGAGAAUAGACGUUCACCGAGAGCGCUCGAAGUCGCCCCCUUCUACCCCUUCGCCCUCCCGUGGACAUCUCAAACGCGAAUCCUCGAGUGGAAGUGGGAUCGGCUUUCCCAGGAUUAACAUUCCAAAGCUGCCGCAAGGAUUUUGGGAGUCACAGGUCAAUACUUUGCAUUAAUCAUGAUCUCUCGGCACGCUUUCAAAAACGUCAAACGUUCGAGGGAUGAAAAAUUAGAAUACUGCCUUGGACAGGCAGGCGGUUUGUACAUUAUCCACAUGGGUCGUUUUCCAGAGACGGUGGCAGUCGAGACUGAGACCACCUUUAUAUGAACUGAGACGUUCAAGAGCUUUGUCAACCUGCUUUUUGGGGCAGGAAAAGUGCCACUGUUGGUGGCUUGUAUAUUAUCAUUGCACUGCCGUUAAAGAACCUUGAAGCAUGGCCAGGAAAUAACAGAAAGAGGGCUAUGAUUUACGAGGGGGGCUUUUCUGAGACGGCAUUUCAAAGGCUUGUAUAAUAUUGGCCAUAGUUUGCAUUUACGGCCAUCGAAAGAAGUAAUGAGGUUGAAUGCGU